AUAAGUCGACUUAAACUUUGAACUACUGCUGAUGUUAGCUGGCAGUGUGGGGGACAAAGUACAGAACUGAGAUACAAGGUGCGAAAUAAAUCUGCAUAAAUGUGUACGGCAUAAUUCCAUAUAUGGAUAUGUACUACUUUCAGUUCUGCACAAAGUCUGCUCGCACAAUAGUAGUAAGAAUAUGAUUUUAAAGAUGUCGCAAUAUUGAUUCCUUUAUAUCUUGACUGUAGGCUGUCAAAAGCAUCGGAAGGUAUUCAAACUAUAAAAAUAGCUUCAUUCAAAACUAAAUAUGCCACUACAAAUAGAACGUGGCAAUAUUAAACGCUGAUAACAACUGUAGGCUAUAGGAAGUGUCUAAUCACAAAUUCAGUAUUAGCCUACUCACAUCUGACAGCAUCUAUGGCAGUCCAAGAUUUCUUCCGAACCAUGCGGAUUACACUGCUAUUGACAUGGUUAUGCAUAUCUUGUACAACAUGCAAACGAUCUGGAAAGACACCCAACAUCGUGCUAUUCUACGCUGAUGACCUAGGCUAUGGGGAUUUGUCUGUAUAUGGACAUCCCACCCAAGAGUUUGGUCCUAUAGAUCGUAUGGCGAGAGAGGGGACACUGUUUACUCAAUGGUACUCUCCGGAUACGUUGUGUACUCCUAGCAGGGCUGCACUACUAACAGGUCGUUUACCUUUACGUAGUGGAUUAAUAGGUGGCCUCAGAGUUCACCUGCCAUCUGUCACUACUGGACUACCUUUGGAGGAGACGACGCUUGCCGAGUCGCUGAAAGACCUGGGAUACAAAACUGGACUCGUCGGCAAGUGGCACCUUGGUAUCAACAAAGAUACGUAUAAGGAUGGCUACUACCUACCAGGAAACCAUGGUUUUGACUAUGUGGGAACAUACCUUCCUAUGUCUCUGGCCUGGGACUGUGACACAAGUGGGCUUCAUAAGAAGGAGCCAAGGAGAAAUUAUUGUGUGCUGUACAAAAAUGACAGCAUUGUUCAACAGCCAAUCUACCUCGACAACAUGACAGCAGCGUUCGUGGAGGACGC